AUGUACCACCAGCUCAGUAAUGUAGCAUUUUGGCGGGGUAUGUAUCAUGAUCUGGUUAGAUGGUGCAGGGAAUGUCAAGUGUGCUUUUUAGUAAACAAUAAGAGGCGAAACAUCCCACAUCUCAAGCCGGUAGUUACUGUAAAACCAUUCAAAAUCGUCGGAAUCGAUUUAAUGGAAAUGGCUUCGAAUACUUGUGGCAAUCACUACAUUGUCACCAUUGUAGACCAUUUCACGAAAUACUUAGGAGCAUAUCCCAUACCUGGCAAAAAGGCCGAAACGGUAGCUGAGGUGCUUUUUAGCAACUGGAUCUGCGGCUGCGGUAGAUGGCCAGCUGCACUCCUUUCGGUCGUGAGAGCGAGUUUGAGAACUCCGUUAUGGAAGCACUAUGUUCAGUUAUGGGUUUUGAGCAAAAGUUCACUACAGGGUUAUUGCCCAAGAGAAAACGGUAUAAUGGAAAAAGCCAAUGUGGCAAUUGUAAAAAGUCUCAGAAAGAAAACAGUUAUACCUGCUGAAUGGGAUAAGAUUCUAACCACGAUAGCAUAUGCGUACAAUGCAGCGCCCCACCAAGCAACUGAAAAAUCCUCAUUCUUUGCCUUAUGGCUACGAUCCUACGUACCCAUUAGCCGUUGGACCAUCUGCGAAUUUGUAGCUCGUGAUUAUAUCACGGAACAUACCAAUGAGUAUCGUGAUAGGAUGAAAAGAGCCUAUGAUGAAGAGUGGAACACUCGAAGAUCCGCGAAAUUUAGUGUUGGAGAUGGCGUUUACGUCCAAAUCCAUGCAGAAAAGAGUAGUGAUACACCAGUUAGGGGUUUGACUACCCGCUGCGGAAACGUGGCAUGCCUACGGAAGAAGCACCAACAAUUAAUAAAACUGCCCCCAAAACGUGUUUUCAGUAUUCAUUAUUCUAUUUUCAGCACCACCUUCUCGUCAACGAGUGAUGUAUGUACUGAUGAUGUCGAUUGGCACUGCCUAGGAAAGCUGAUGUGUCAAGGACUCGAAGUGUAA